ACACUUAUUGUAACAGAUUCCCAAUUACUAGUCCAUGACAUGAUGAAUCUACGUUAACAAGUUGCCAACCACGUCGCAAGUAUGGCUGACAAUGACAUCUUCAUGUCCUCAAGAUGGUUCAGUCCGUACAUUAGUUCAGUGGAGAUGGAAGCCAAGAUGAAGGGGGAGGAAUACGCGGGAAAAGAUGGGGUCUUCGGGGUCAGAGUGUCCAAAUCUAAUCCUUCAGACUUCGUGUUAUCAGUGUGGAGGAACAACGCCAUGACCAACAUUAAGAUCCUGAACCACGGAGACUACUACGACCCCUCCAUCGGGGAGAAGUUUGCUAGCUUGUCAGAUCUUGUGUCUUAUUUCUACAAGAAUCCUAACGAGUUGAAGGAGAAAAACGGGGAUUGGAUUCAUCUGAGAUACCCACUAAACUUUGACGAGCCAACUGAGGAGCGGUGGUUCCACGGCAGUAUUUCUAGUGUCCAGGCGGAGAAGCUCCUCCAAGAUUCCAAGGCAGACGGCAGUUUCCUGGUGCGACGCAGCGCCUCCAAGAUGGGCUCAUACGUGAUCUCGGCGCUGGUGAAGCAGGAUGUGUUUCAUAUCAUGGUUCACUGCACCGAGAAUAAGUACCACUUACAAGGUGGUGAGAAGUUUGUGUCUCUGGAAGCGCUGAUAGAACACUACAAGAAGUGGAGCAUGGUGGAUAACAGUGGGGUGGUGGUGUCUCUAACCACUGCGCUCAACUCUACCCGUGUCAAUCUCUCCUCCUUUAAGAAGCGUAAGGACGCGCUGGAGAGUUCCGGAGUCGGGGAGAAGAAGAAAGAUGGUUUUACUGAGGAGUUCGAGUAUUUACAGCAGCAGGAGAUGAGGCAAACCAAAGACCGCAAGCAAGGACAAAGAGUCGAAAACAAAGCCAAGAACCGUUACAAGAACAUUUUGCCGUACGACGAGAGUCGAGUUAAACUCCAGAUUGGGAAAGAGGAAGACGGAAGUGAUUACAUUAAUGCUAAUUGGGUUAGAAUUCCUGAUAACCCUAAUACGUAUAUAGCGACACAGGGUACAUUGAGCACAACUGCAAAGGACUUCUGGCAAAUGGUUUGGGAGACAAAGGCUAUCGUAAUUUUCAUGGUUACCAAAGAGGUGGAGCGUGGAAAGAACAAGUGUUACAGAUAUUGGCCCACCAACACAGCUGAACCAGAUACAUACGGCAACAUUACCGUCAAGUUGGACAGUGAAACACACGAUGAUACCUUCAUCAUCAGGAGAAUGACUAUUACACAUAUCAAACAGCCGAGAGACAAGAGAUCGCUGUUACAUUACCAAUAUGUAGCAUGGCCGGAUCAUGGCGUACCCAAAGACCCGGCGCCCUGUAUCGACGGAAUCAAUAACAUUGGCAGAGAACUUGAUAUUCACGAGAGUAGACACAAACAUAGACCUCCUAUUAUUGUGCAUUGUAGUGCGGGUAUCGGCAGAACAGGAACAGUAAUCGUGCUGGAUUGUCUGAUAAACCUAAUCGAUAAAUACGGAAUAUGUGUUGAUGUAGACGUUCAGAGGUCCAUCAGUCAGAUCAGGGAGAAGCGAAGUGGUAUGGUCCAGACUGCUGCCCAGUAUAAGUUUAUCUACGAUGCUCUGUUACGUUAUAUGGAGUAUUAUAGAGCUAAGGAAAAGGCAGCGGCAGAGAAUUGCCAAUCAGAAUACGGCAACAUAAGUUCUCUCCACUGAAAAAUCACCAGACAUCCUGAUAAACAGAUUGAGCCCCAGAGUUUUAGGGUCGGGUGUUCGUGUGGUUGAGAGAAGAACAGAUGGACUAUUGAUCGCGGCUGUACGGAUCACGUAGUUGUGAUGCCUUAUAGUUAUGAGGCUAAAAUCACCCCAGUUUUAGCUUUUUAUAAGGCACGAUUUGGCAAAUCUUUUAGCCGCGGCCUUUAAAUCGGGAAAGUGUAGAACUCGAUACAGCUGUAGACUAAUCAAUGAUGGUAAACUAGCGUGUAACAAUGAGUUGUGUUAGUAAUUAAGGAUGGAUCAGGAUUAACUUUAUUUCUUGUUUUGAAUGUGAUUUCUAGUUGAUCUGCUUUUAACAGGAAUCGCAUAACGGUUUUAAGAUAAAGUUAAUUAUGGUCCACCCGUAUUAAGGUGGUCGGAUGUAACCAGUACAAGUUGAUGAUGUGUUUCCACAUUUAUUUGCCGAGCACCCAUCUGUAGAGUAAUUUCUAGAAAUGACUUUAAACUUCAUGAUUUUCAUACCAUAUCUCUGUUUUUUUUAUAAACGUUUGAUCCAAUUUUUGUGCUUCGAUUUGUUUGCUUAGCUACUCAUGUGAAUAUAUAAUCGUCAAAACAUACCUUUGUGUGUUUGAUCUGGGUGUAAAUAUGAUACAUGAUUACACACGUGGUGUUACACACGUGGUGUACAUUCGUAAUCCAUAUUGUUAUUGUUUAGAAUAGAUUUUCAGAAUUAUGUACUUUUCAUAUGUUUAUUGAUAUAACGUUCAAGUUGAAAGUGUCCUACGCGCGAUUAAAUAAACAACGAUUCAUUUUCCUAUGAAUUACCAGUUACCUUGGCAUUUGAGCUAUUUCAUUAUCACAUACCAAGUCUUAUAAUCCAGCAACCUACAGCUGUCCGGAGUUAUCAUCGUUCUUUUAGAGUUUUGGUGCUUAUGACAAUCGCACUUUUUAUCAGUUGACCAAAUUCAUCGAUUCAUCAUUUUAGUUUUGGAUUUAAAGAUGUUAUUAAAUUUUAAUGCAACCAACUGUGUAUUUGAUUUUUAUUUCGAAUCAAGUUUUCUAAAUAAGAAUUUCUGUUGAGAAGAAUAAAAA